AUGAGUUGCCAACCUUUUACUUCAGUUGAUAGUUUUGUUUCUUUGAAUUCUGAAUCUUCUGCUACUCUGCCUCUGAUAAUGCAUCACAGUGCUGCUGAAUGCUUGCCAGCCUCCAACCAUGCUACGAAUGUAGUGUCAACAGUCCCGUCUAUUUUGUCUUUGAUCCAAACUCCUAAAUUUUCGCACAUGCAUUUCUCCAUGACAACUUUUGGAAAUACAUCAGCAAGUCUUCAUUAUUCCGUACCUUCCUGCCAUUAUGGAAACCAACAGUCUACCUAUGGGAUGAUGACAGGUAGCUUAACCCCUUGCCUUUAUAAGUUUCCUGACCAUACCUUAAGUCAUGGGUUUCCACCCAUGCACCAGCCUCUUCUGGGAGAUGACCCCACAGCCAUUGACUUUAAGCAGGAAUUCCAUCGAAAAAGCAAAUCAAUUGAAGAACCAACUGACAUGGAUUCUCCUGAAAUUCAAGAACUGGAAAAGUUUGCUAAUGAGUUCAAAUUGAGAAGAAUUAAAUUAGGCUAUACCCAGACAAAUGUUGGGGAGGCUCUGGCUGCAGUACAUGGCUCUGAAUUCAGUCAAACAACUAUAUGCCGGUUUGAAAACCUGCAGCUCAGUUUUAAAAAUGCUUGCAAACUAAAAUCAAUAUUAUCCAAGUGGUUGGAUGAAGCUGAGCAAGUAGGAGCUUUAUACAAUGAUAAAGUGGGGGCAAAUGAGCGGAAAAGGAAAAGGCGAACAACCAUAAGCAUUGCAGCUAAAGAAGCCCUGGAGAGAUAUUUUGGAGGACAAAGUAAACCCUCUUCUCAAGAGAUUAUGCGGAUGGCUGAGGGCCUGAAUCUUGAGAAAGAAGUAGUGAGAGUUUGGUUUUGCAACAGAAGACAGAGAGAAAAAAGAGUGAAAACAAGUUUACACCAGAAUUCAUUUCCCUCCAUUGUUAAGUAA